AUGAUCCUCCGUGUCCUCCUAUUCAGGAUCAUCCACGAGGCCGGCUACUCCGAGGAGGAGUGUAAGCAGUACAGAGUGGUGGUGUACAGCAACACCAUCCAGUCCAUCAUCGCCAUCAUCAGAGCCAUGGGACGCCUGAAGAUAGACUUUGGGGACGCCGCACGAGCGGUAGGCGCACAACACAACACAACACGACACGACACGACACAACACAACACAACACAACACGCAACUUUGUUGUCCAUCGAAACAGAAAUUGGUCUUCACAAGCGUUAGGCAUAUAGUUCUGUCUAUGUGUUCCACUUAUUCUAUCUAUUCUAGACUAGCACACCUGAUUUGAACUAAUCAAGGGGCUGGCUUGUUCUGGAAUAUAUGAAGUAUUUGGAACUGGCCCCCAGAAUCCAUUUGGGAAACACUGGUCAAUCAAUCAGUGAGAAUUCUGUUCAUUGACUACAGCUCAGCAUUCAACACCAUUACCCCUCCGAGCUCGUCACCAAGCUUAGGACUCUGGACCGUGGAGCAGGUAGACAGCUUCAAGUUCCUCGGUGUCCAAAUCGCUUAAAGACUUAAAAUGGUCCAAACACACAUCCACAGUGGUGAAGAAGGCGUGACAGUGCCUCUUUCCCCUCAGGAGGUUGAAAAAGGUUCUACAGCUGUACCAUUGAGAGCAUAUUGACUGGCUGCAUCACUGCUUGGUAUGGCAACAGCACCGCCCUCGAUCACAUGGUGCUACAGAAGGUGGUGCGGACAGCCCAGUACAUCACUGGGGCCGAGCUGCCUGCCAUCCAGGACCUCUAUAUCAGGAGGUGUGAAAAGAAGGCCUGGAAAUUCGUCAAAGACCCCAACCACCCAAACCAUAGACUAUUUUCUCUGCUGCCGCAAGGCAAGAGGUACCGGUGCAUCAAGUCUGACACCAACAGGCUCUUGAACAGUUUCUAUCCCGAAGCCAUAAGACUGGCAAAUAUCUUUAUUGACCUCUGUGCACACUCACAGGGCCCUAAACACACACACGCACUGUCACUCCAUCAUGUUCUCACUCACACAUCAUAUGCACAUACAUUUAUACUGACUCUAAAGACACCCAUUCACAUACAAGCUGCUGCUACUCUGUUUAUCAUAUAUCCUGAUGCCUAGUCACCUGACCCCUAUACAUAUCUACCUCCAUCACUGUAAAUAUGGUAUUGGAAUUGACUUUUUAAAUAUUUCCUGUAUAUAGUGGGGGAGAAAAGUAUUUAGUCAGCCACCAAUUGUGCAAGUUCUCCCACUUAAAAAGAUGAGAGAGGCCUGUAAUUUUCAUCAUAGGUACACGUCAACUAUGACAGACAUAUUGAGAAAAAAAAAUCCAGAAAAUCACAUUGUAGGAUUUUUAAUGAAUUUAUUUGCAAAUUUUAACUUUUUAAAUAUUUCCUGUAUAUAGUAUGCUUGCUUACUUACUUGCUUUGUGUAUUUCAUCUUAUUCUUAUUUCUCUUGUUUUUUUUAUAGUAUUACAUUGUUAUUGAUGAUUGCAUUCUUGGGUUUUGAGUUUGCAAGAAAGGCAUUUAACUGUACUUGUGCACGUGACAUUAAAACUUGAAACUUAAUCAACCAACCAAUCAAUCAAUCAGUGGUCUAAUGGGCAUGUCUCUGUUGCCAGGACGAUGCCCGUCAGCUGUUUGUAUUGGCUGGUACGACAGCGGAGGGUGUGGUAUCAUCAGAUCUGACCGGCGUGAUGCGGAGACUGUGGACGGACAGCGGGGUCCAGACCUGCUUCCUGCGCUCCAGAGAGUACCAGCUCAACGACUCGGCCUCCUAG